UAACUUUGUACUCAAUCGCAUUUUGCAAAUUUUAAUCACGGCCACACGCUUGGCACAAAUGUUUGUUUAGUAUUGGAAACGACAUCCUUGUUAGACUGCCGACACCAACUCGUCUAUGCGCUGAGCUGCCUUACUUCAUUACAGCCAAAUUCUAUUACUCUUUUAAGGUCCAUUACAGAAGGAGAUCGUAACUUAUCGGACCCUGCGAUUGAGGGAGAAAGGAGUUUGCCCCGCUGCCGCCCUUGCGGCUUGGGAUAGCCCUUGCCCAGCGGCUGGUGGGGCUUAACCAGCUAAGCCAGUUAUAUUAGUAUCUCAGAGUACUUCAGGAACAAUGGCAAACCGGCCAGAAGCCUGGAGGGUCCCUCCUCCGCCUGGGCGCCAGGAGGCACAGGACCUGGUCACGGACUCGGAGUCGGAGGAGUCAGAGGACGCCUCUGGAUCGGAUCAGGAGGAGCCAAGCUGGAUCUCAUGGUUUUGCAGUCUCCGCGGGAAUGAGUUUUUCUGCGAGGUGGACGAGGAGUACAUAGAAGAUGACUUCAACUUGUCGGGUCUCAGCUCGCAAGUCCCAUACUACGAGUACGCCCUUGACAUGAUUCUUGACAACGAGCCCCCGCACGACGUCAUGUUGACGGAUCAGCAGCACGAGCUGCUAGAGAGCGCGGCAGAGAUGUUGUAUGGGCUCAUACAUGCGAGGUACAUCGUCACGGCGCGGGGGUUGGCGUGUAUGCUGGAAAAGUUUAAGAACUACGAGUUUGGCAGGUGCCCGCGCUUCUACUGUGAGGGGCAAGCCUGCCUACCCGUUGGCACGUCGGACGUGCCGGGCCAGUCCACUGUCAAGAUUUUCUGCCCCAAAUGCGAGGACAUCUUCUACCCGCGCUCGGAGUACCAGUGCAGCAUUGACGGCGCCUACUUCGGCACGACUUUCCCUCACCUGCUGCUGAUGACGUACCCCAUGUACAGGCCGCCCAAGAGCGCGGAGCAGUACGUGCCCCGCGUCUUCGGUUUCAAGCUGCACCCCACAGCAUACGGCAACCGGGAGCCAGCGCCGCCGCGGAACAGCCAGCGCAGGAUAGCAGCUCGGGAAACAGCCGCCAAGGAUGGGCAGCAGCAGAAGCAGGAAGACGACAGCUUGUAGUCGAGCUGCUGAGACGAGGAGGGAAAAGCUGUGGGCAGUGGUGGAGGGGGAUCGGGUCUUCUUGCCUUCCCAAAGCCAGGCGUCUUUGGCUGAACAAACUGUGGUGUCCCAUGUGGGAGUGGGGCAUGUAAGCAUGCGCUAGGAUGCGUGUGCUGGUGCGUUCAUGCCCUUGCCUGGCUGUUUGUGUGUUAAGGUUUUAAAGGCGUAUGGCUGGUGGCACUGCCGUGUGCACGGACAUGCAUAUGUGUCGUUGGGGGGCACGACGGCCAUGGCAUAGGUGCUCUGGGCACUUGGGAUUGUGCCUUGCCUUGCCUAACCGUUGGACACGAGGUCUGGCUUUAUUACCGUGUUUUUUAACUCUUGUACCUGUGCUUGUGUGGUGCCACUGGCUGUGUACCUAUUGGCAAGAAGCCUUAGCAGUCUGGGGUACUGGGUGUCAAAACACCCUUUCUUAUGUGGGCCGUUUGGAGGGACAUGCGUGUUUUCUGUUUGGCGUGCGACCGGAGAAGAAGCCCUGAUUACCGUCAUGCAUGUCAUAGGAGUGGAGGAAUUGUACGUUUGCGUGUG